CCCAAGUGAAACGGACACCGCCAUCUACAUGCGCGAUGCCGCCGCGGUCGUCGACGGCGACGAUAAAGGCCACGGCCCUGUACAAUUACACACCUGACGAGCCUGACGAACUGGAGCUGCGUCAAGGAGACGUCGUAUACGUCACCCACGAGCAAGACGACGGAUGGUGCCAGGGCUUUCUCGAGUCCAACCCAUCACAAGUAGGCUUGUUUCCAAGCAACUACAUCCGCAGCGUCAACCUACCCCCACCGUCCACCAUCUCGGCAUUGCCUCCGUCACACUUGCCACCCUACCGACCAACCGCGAAACCCAAGCCGCAGAAGAUUGCGCGACGGGCAAAGGCGACCUUUGAUUACGUUCCUCGCGAGCCCGACGAGUUGGCACUUCGCGCGGGAAACGUAGUCGUCAUCGUCGAGAACCUCGAGGACGGAUGGUGCCGCGGGUACCUCUCGUCCGACCCCGACCAUCAUGAAGGGCUAUUUCCGACGAGUUACGUCGACAUGCAAGAAGACAGCUGGACCACGUCGGCAGAUCCUUCGUCCACUGCGCUGGCACUGGACGACACCAGUGAUGGCGAGGACCCUCACUGGAGGAAUAAGUUGGCGGCAGCAUCUUCCAGUUCGGGAAUAGCCGCACCACGUGAGACCUCAGCGUCCCUGGAAGUGAACGAGACCGAGCCAGGGCACUACGACGACCAAGGCAACUACAUUCUGCCCGAUGGAGGGUUCUACAGCCCUGACGGAUCGUUCUUUCCCCAUAUCGAUGACCCGUCGACGACCCCUGUGGGCUACUACGAUGCCGACGGGCACUACAUUACAGACACAGGGUACUUCGAUCUGCAAGGCUGCUUUCACGCCAACACGCCGAAAGAGUCGUCCAAGACGAAGAGCUCCAGCAUUGGGUCUGUUGUGAAACUCAAGCAAGCUCUCAAACGAGCGAAAGCGAACGCCGAUGCGGCCCACGCGGCUCGACUUGAGGCGGAGGCACAGAUGCAUCGGGAAUUGGACGCUCGGCGGCGGCUGGAGCGAGAUGCCGCCAUCCGCGUACAACGGGAGAGAGACCAUGAAGCCCAAACCAAGAUGAUUCAGCAGUCGAUCCAGGACCAGAUUCAAAAACAAUUACAAGGGGUGGCGACGUCCAACGCCGCCCUGCGACAACGCACGCCAUCGACCAACGAAUCGGUCCACCAUAUCCAACGUUGGUAUCGCCGGGAAUCAACCCGGCGACGGAAACGAAGGGACGUCGCGGCAACGCGCAUCCAGAAAUGCGGCCGCGUGUACGUGACGAACCGUCGAUGUCGGCAAAUGGCAGCUGCUUCCCGCCCACUUCGAGCAACGUCGUUGGCGGCGCGGCCGCUGACCCCACAACGCGCAGCGAUCCGAAUUCAAAUGCGAGGACGCUUGUACGUGUCGAGAUGUCGACAAGACUAUCCUGUUCGCCGGGUGGAGGCCUCUGGUCGCGAUGUGGCGGUACGGCGGGUGCAGCGAGUGUGGCAUGUGUACAAAUGCAAACAACGUGUGCGGCAAGUUGCGGCCGUAGCACGGCGCAAACAAACCUAUGCAGCCAAAACGUCCCAAAGACAAAACGAAGCCGAGCGGAAUGCAGCGAGAAUUUUGCAGCGGGUGUGGCACAUCUAUCGAGGCAGACAGCGAGUACAGGAGGUGGUAGAGGUCGUCCGCCAGCGAAAACACCAUCGGCACACGACAAAGCCAUCCAACCAACGACACGAAUGGAGGCCAAUGCACCACAAGGCGGCUCGAACAGUCCAAAAGUUUUGGCAUGUGUUUCGGUGCAGGCAACGAUUGCGCGAUGUGGUGGCGUUUGUCCGUCAGAAUCCAAGACAGAGCAAAAAGCACGUGAUCACAGCUACUUCAUGGACGGUGGUCCAUCGGACGGCAGCGUGUCGCCUGCAGCGGUUCUGGCAUGUCUAUCGCGGCCGCAUGCGCCUGUACGCUGCGAUUGCUCGUGGCUUGAAAAAGAACACGAUGAGCGAAAAAGGAAAGGCGAGACCUGCGCCGACCAUGAAUCCCCGCGUCAAAGCAAUCAAACCACCAUUUACUCAACGACAGCAGCAAGCAGCUCGACGACUGCAGCGCUUCUGGCGAGUGUAUUUAUGUCGACUGCACCUACUCGAAGUCGUCGCGGAGGUUCGGCGACGACGGCGCCAACGACAUGCAAUCCCACGCAACCCGGUCCCAGUCCGGCCACCUCGAUGGGCCUCCCACAGCACCCCCUCCCUCCACUCGGAUUCCCCCUCAUCUUCGUCCGUCGCGGUGCUUCCGAUCUUCACCACAGACGUCGCCCAGAUAUCCCAGCUCGCCACACUCAUUGCAAACUCGGUGAACGUCGAACUGACCAAACGCAUGCGAGCCCACGACCUCCAACUCGACCGCUUGGUGAGUUCGGUUGGUCACCUUCAAAAAGCUAUUGAGAAACACAACGGGUCGCUCGAACGAGUAUUUGCGGCCCAAGACAGGCCGCCGCCGCCCAUGGAACUCAAGAACACUCUCAGCUCGGUCUUGCUGCCCGCCGUCGUUCCCAAAUCGAUCUACAACGGCACCUCCAUCACAACGAACGCGACUGUGACCCCCGCCAUCACCACAGGACUGUACUACAACUCGUCGCCGACGAAGAUGCAGCAGCUGCGGCCGUUAAAAGGCCCAUCCAAGUUGCCACGACACACAGUUCGGACGAGCAAAUUGCCGGUGCUGCGGAGUCCGACCAAAGCGCGCACACGGUGGCCGUCGAGUAAGCUCAAGUAAGAUCAAACGCAACCACCAUCGAUUAGAGAUGGAUCAACCUUUCAC